GAGAUCAGGGCUCAAUUGGACGGGAGGCAGAAUAAUUGACAGCUGACAGCCCAGCCCUACAGCAGCCCUCAGAUUAUUUACACUUUCUAAAACUGGGACCACUGCGGUCCGCAUGCGCUCAGCUCACACACAUCAGAAGGUCUAUUUCACUUGCAGCUAACGUCUCAUAGCUGCGUCCAGUUGGAGAGAGAGAGAGAGUGAGAGAGAGAGAGAAAGAGAGAGAGAGAGAGAGAGAGAGAGAGAGAGAGAGAGAGUGUGUGUAUUUGGUCACUAGGACGGUAUGUGCGGUGCCCCAAAGUCAGUCCUGAACGGGCCGUAGCUCAAGGAGAGAGAGGAGCGUCCGCUAUUACGGUGGAGGCCCUUGGGGUGAACUUUUAACUUCAUUUCACUUCUGUUUAGAGUUACUUUUUCCUUAUUUCCUUUCCUGCGCCUCUCCCUGGUCGGACGGUUGGUGGAAUGGCAGAGAAGCGACGCUCCCCGUGCACUCUGAGCGUCAAGGCGCACGCGUUCUCGGUGGAAGCUCUGAUCGGGUCGGAGAAGAGACGGAAGCUCGGGGAGGACGACACUAGGGUGUGCUUUCUCGAGGAGGUCACGGAGGUGUUGGAGCUGCCCAGUAACGGAGGGGAGCGAGAGGAGAGGGCUUGCAACCGCGCCAGCGACCGGGGCAGUGAGAUAGAGUGCGUUAGUGACGGCUCGCUGGAGAGCUGUGACGUGCUGUUGGAAAGCCCCCACCCAGAGGCCCAAGCCCAGCGCGCGCCACCGGUAACAGUAACGGUUCCCGGAGAGGAGAUGCGCGUGGACUUGCAGGGCUCCGACCUGUGGAAACGGUUUCACGAGAUCGGUACAGAGAUGAUAAUCACGAAGGCUGGCAGACGGAUGUUCCCCGCUAUGCGCGUGAAGAUCUCGGGUCUGGACCCCCACCAGCUGUACUACAUUACUAUGGACAUUAUCCCCGUGGACAACAAACGAUACAGGUACGUGUACCACAGCUCCAAGUGGAUGGUCGCGGGAAACGCGGACUCCCCAGUGCCGCCGCGUGUAUACAUCCACCCGGACUCUCCGGCUUCCGGUGAAACGUGGAUGCGUCAGGUGAUCAGCUUCGACAAACUCAAACUGACCAAUAACGAACUGGAUGACCAGGGACAUAUCAUUCUCCACUCCAUGCAUAAGUACCAACCGCGAGUGCAUGUGAUUCAUAAGGAGCGUGGCGAGGAGCUGUCUCAUGUUAGAGCCGUUCCCCAGGGAGACGGAACCAGAACACUCAGCUUCCCAGAGACCACCUUCACCACUGUCACCGCAUACCAGAACCAACAGAUCACCAGGUUGAAGAUUGACAGGAACCCAUUUGCUAAAGGCUUCAGAGACUCAGGCAGAAACCGGAUGGGUCUGGAGGCUCUAGUAGAAUCCUACGCUUUCUGGCGUCCAUCUCUAAGAUCCCUGACAUUUGAAGACAUCUCUGGAAUCAAGCAAGGAGCCCCGGGGCCCCAUGGAGGUGUUGGAUCGCCUCACCUGCUCUCCUCCUCUCCUUGCUCCUCCCCCUUCCAGGUGUGGCCUCUCUCUCCCCCGGACUACAACUGCAGCCGGCCGACACACACACCCCUACAUCGCUACAGUAACCUCCCCGAGCCUUUCCCCUCUCCUACGUCGCGAGGACCGUCAGCCUAUGACAGCGAAGGAUUCUGCUCUAUGUCCCUCCCUCCCUCUCAGAUUGGCUAUCUACAAAACCCUGCCCACCAGGGUUACGGAAGUCUCCGCCUCCACUCCCCCCCUUACGGUCUCUACGGUUACACCUUCCCCCCCUCCCCCCGCCUCAUUGCCAGCCCAGACAAGAUGGCGGCUGCUUCUGCCGCUGCAGCCAAUCAGAACCCUUUUCUCGGCUCCUCACCCAGCGGAACCCUGGCGGACAGUCUGGGCAUGCUCAGUGGAGGCCAGCAUGCCAACUUCCUGUUUGACUCUCGGACGCUGGGAAUGGCUGGCAGCCAGUCAGGGGGAGGGGCUUCACAGGUCACUACCCACAUGGGCUGAGAAAUACUCCGACCCUGACCCCCAGGGUUGCUUUCGCAAAUAGCUGCUUCUCCGGGUAGGACAUGGGUUUGGAACUCUGGAAUAAAUCACCAGCCAAUGAGGUUUGAUGAGACAUCUCACGGACCUAUGAGGAGACAGAGAGAGAUGGAGAGAGAGAGAGGAAACAGAGCGAGACAGCUUUGGUGACGUUUGUGUGAGCGCUAAGAAAGAUAAAGAGAGAACGUCAAACUCCGCUGACUAAUGGGAUAUUGUUGUUGUUGUUGUUGUUUGUAAGUAUGUUAUUAAAGGACUAAAUAAACAGAAGCUUCUGAGAGACUGAAACAGCUGCGUUGGAGGAGAUCUGGGGGUCUGAUACAAGUCUGGAGACCUGAGAGAAUAAACACACCCACCAACAAGCCCCGGAGCUGGAGAUUCAACAUCUGGAAGAAUCGGGAAAUAAACACUACGAACACUUCAGCACCUGUGGUUUCCUAUACAGCGUCUCUGAACAGUUAUAACCUCACACAGCUCCUAGGAACAGAGUUGACACAGUGACAGGUCUCCUAUACAGCGUCUCUCAACAGUUAUAACCUCACACAGCUCUUAGGAACAGAGUUGACACAGUGAGAGGUCUCCUAUACAGCGUCUCUGAACAGUUAUAACCUCACACAGCUCCUAGGAACAGAGUUGACACAGUGAGAGGUCUCCUAUACAGCGUCUCUGAACAGUUAUAACCUCACACAGCUCCUAGGAACAGAGUUGACACAGUGAGAGGUCUCCUAUACAGCGUCUCUGAACAGUUAUAACCUCACACAGCUCCUAGGAACAGAGUUGACACAGUGAGAGGUCUCCUAUACAGCGUCUCUGAACAGUUAUAACCUCACACAGCUCCUAGGAACAGAGUUGACAGUGAGAGGUCUCCUAUACAGCGUCUCUGAACAGUUAUAACCUCACACAGCUCCUAGGAACAGAGUUGACAGUGAGAGGUCUCCUAUACAGCGUCUCUGAACAGUUAUAACCUCACACAGCUCCUAGGAACAGAGUUGACAGUGAGAGGUCUCCUAUACAGCGUCUCUGAACAGUUAUAACCUCACACAGCUCCUAGGAACAGAGUUGACAGUGAGAGGUCUCCUAUACAGCGUCUCUGAACAGUUAUAACCUCACACAGCUCCUAGGAACAGAGUUGACACAGUGAGAGGUCUCCUAUACAGCGUCUCUGAACAGUUAUAACCUCACACAGCUCCUAGGAACAGAGUUGACACAGUGAGAGGUCUCCUAUACAGCGUCUCUGAACAGUUAUAACCUCACACAGCUCCUAGGAACAGAGUUGACAGUGAGAGGUCUCCUAUACAGCGUCUCUGAACAGUUAUAACCUCACACAGCUCCUAGGAACAGAGUUGACAGUGAGAGGUCUCCUAUACAGCGUCUCUGAACAGUUAUAACCUCACACAGCUCCUAGGAACAGAGUUGACAGUGAGAGGCCUACUGAUAUAUAUGAAUGUUGUUAUAAAGGUCUGUAUUCCCAUGCCAAAGAUACAGUGUCAGUCAAUCUGCAAUGUUUCCCUAUUCCUUAUGUAGUGCACUUCUCCUGGCUGCAAACCUAUAAAGCAGCCCUAUGAAGCUCUGGCCUAAAGUAGUGCACUAUAUAGGGAAUAGGACUCUGGCCUAAAGUAGUGCACUAUAUAGGGAAUAGGACUCUGGCCUAAAGUAGUGCACUAUAUAGGGAAUAGGACUCUGGCCUAAAGUAGAGCACUAUAUAGGGAAUAGGACUCUGGCCUAAAGUAGAGCACUAUAUAGGGAAUAGGACUCUGGCCUAAAGUAGAGCACUAUAUAGGGAAUAGGACUCUGGCCUAAAGUAGAGCACUAUAGAGGGAAUAGGACUCUGGCCUAAAGUAGUGCACUAUAUAGGGAAUAGGACUCUGGCCUAAAGUAGUGCACUAUAUAGGGAAUAGGACUCUGGCCUAAAGUAGAGCACUAUAUAGGGAAUAGGACUCUGGCCUAAAGUAGUGCACUAUAUAGGGAAUAGGGCUUACAUCACACGUUGUGUGUGUGGCAUGUUUUAACUAUUUGACAUAAAGGUGUCAUAACUGCUUAUAACCUUUAUACAUAAUGAACUGUGUUAAUGGUGGGUCAUGUGACCUAACGCACUUACUGCCAACACACACACAUGCACGCACGCACACACACACACACACACACACACACACACACACACACACACACACACACACACACACACACACACACACACACACACACACACACACACACACACACACAUUUCCUGCCAACCCACAGCGUUCUGCCUGGCCUCUGUCUAUGACGGACAAGCAGCUUCAUGAGCCAAAAAAAACAAUAAAAAGUAUAAUAUUAUUACACACUAACCAUCAGAGAACCUGUUUCACACAGAUCCUUUUUGUAAUAUAUCAAGCAUCAAAUAUGUGUGAGUGAGAGAGAGAGAAAUAUGUGUGUGUGUGUGUGUAUGAAUCUCAGAAACAGAAGUCCAAACCCUUGUAAACAGAACAUUUCAAAGGUUAAAGGUUAAGGUUUGGGAAGGCUUAAAACGAAAAGGCAACAAAUGUAAAACAAGUGUCUAUCUGCUGAACACGCGGAGCCAUAAACCAAGCAGCCUGAAAUAUAAACACAACAUGCAACAAUUAAAAAAAUGUUAUUCAGUUAAUGUAAGGAAAUCAAUCAAUUGAAAUAAAUAAAUUAGGCCCUAAUCUAUGGAUUUGAAUACUGGGCAAGAGCGCAGCCGUUGGUGUGCCUGGGAGGGCAUAUGAGCCAGGCCCACCCACUGGGGAGCCAGGCUCAGGCAAUCAGAUUUAGUUUUUCCCACAAAAGGGCUUCAUUAAAGAGACAAAUUCUCCUUAGUUUCAUCAGCUGUCCGGGUGGUUGGUCUCAGAAGAACCCACAGGUGAAGAUGCCUGAUGUGGAGAUCCGGGGCUGGUGUGGUUACACGUGGUUUGUGGUUGUGAGGUCAGUUGGAUGUACUGCCAAAUUCUCAAAAAGGAUGCUGGAGGCGGCUUAUGGUAGAGAAUAUUAAUUUCUCUGGCAACAUGGUGGACAUUCCUGCAGUCAGCGUUCCAAUUACACACACCCUAAAAUCUUAAGACAUCUGUGGCAUUGUGUUGUGUGACAACAUUGCACAUUUGAGAGUGAACUUUUAUUGUCCCAGCACAAGGUGCACCUGUGUAAUGACCAUGCUGUUUAUAAUCAGCUUCUGGAUAUGCUGCAACUGACAGGUGGAUGAAUCAUCUUGGCAAAGAUAGGGAUGUAAACAGGGAUGUGAGCACAUUUUUCACAACAUUUGAGAGAAAUAGGCUUUCUGUACAUGUGGAAACAUUCUGGGAUCUUUUAUUUCAGCUCAUGAAACAUGGGACCAACACUUACCAUGUUUCAUUUAUAUUGUUGUUCCGUAGACAUAUGAGGACAGUGAGGUCCGGACCUUCGUCAUUUUUUCAAAUUUGAAAAAAAUACAGAUAUAUAUAAAAAAAUAUAUAUAUUUUGUAAAUAAACAAUAAAGAAAAUCAAUUUUGGGUCAUCUACAUAUGGAUCAUUUUAUAAAAACACUUUUCUUCUUCAUAUGACGGAGUUCUAAUCGUGUCGCUUUGUGAAAACUUGCAGUCGGCUCACUAGAGAAAUAGGCAAAACUAGAGACGCUGCUGACAGUGUGUUAGUGAGAUGCAGGACAAAGGCCACAUUUAAAACCAUACAGUAAAACUCCUGCCAUGUCUACAGAUAUCCCCCAAAUAACUAAAAACCCUCUCAGAGAAUGGUAGGAUUACUUACUUACAGCUAGAAGGAUGAAGUAAGAAGCCAACAUUACACAGAGCCAAUCUCAGCAGGACAAAACAAAAUAGGCAUAAUAAUGCCUUCAGGAGGAAGCUGAGGAGACAGAGAGUGAGAGAGGAAGCAAGCAAAGAGAGAGGCUAGUACAGUGGUCACCAAACUUGGGGUCGGGGUCUGAUGUGCGGUCCCAUGAGAAAAUAUGUACUAAUCUUAUCAAACAGGUUAGGAACUUAAAAAGAGAAGAUAUGUUUCAAUGUGAAAAUCUCAACAGGACCUAUCUUCCCUAUAGAUCCUACAUUACAAUACAACCACUGUAUGUUACAAUAUGAACAUCUCCACAGGACCUAUCCUCCCUAUAGACCUACAUUACAAUACAACCACUGUAUGUUACAAUAUGAACAUCUCCACAGGACCUAUCCUCCCUAUAGACCUACAUUACAAUACAACCACUGUAUGUUACAAUAUGAACAUCUCCACAGGACCUAUCCUCCCUAUAGACUUACAUUACAAUACAACCACUGUGUGUUACAAUAUGAACAUCUCCACAGGACCUAUCCUCCCUAUAGACCUACAUUACAAUACAACCACUGUGUGUUACAAUAUGAACAUCUCCACAGGACCUAUCCUCCCUAUAGACCUACAUUACAAUACAACCACUGUAUGUAUCAAUGUGAACAUCUCAACAAGACCUAUCUUCCUUAUAGACCAACAUUAAAAUACAAUCGACAUCCAAACAAUACAGUUUACACACUUUUAAAAUGUUUUUUUUUACCAGAUAUUAAUACAGAAUCGUAAGUAAUAUUCUAAUAAUUAAUGUGAAUGAGAUAAUAUGAUAAUCUGUGUGCUACGCUGAUGUCUGAUUGUGCGGAGAUUAAUUAGUAAUGCCUAGGAAUACCAAAUGGGAAUGUUAUGUAAUUUGAGAAAAGCAAUAUCUGUAGAGUUGAUGAUUUUAUGCAAGUCCUGAUUACAACUGACUGAACAGUC